UUAUGGAGUCAUCAAUAUUCAAAUUACAAAAAUCACUAAAAUCACUAUAUGAGUCACUAUCAGAAGCCAAAUUAUUCAUUUCUGGGACAUCAGGAGAAUACUGUUGCAGUAGGUACCCCUCUACUGAAAUACCUUACGCGAUCAUCAAGCGAAACUCACCUGUACCGCCACAGCAAUUACGGUACCCAGUCGCAUAUUUUCCAGUACAAUGACUCAUCCAGGUAGAACGUAGCGAAGUCAGAUAGUCAGUAGAAAAGAGAUACCCAGUCUGCACCUGUUGCGUAGGGUACCACCUAUUUGAUACAAUAUUAAUUAUGUGAACGAACAAAGUGCAAAUUUUUAUCCAAAAACAUCACAUUUUUUACAUCACAAUAAAAUAAUAUGUUGUGGAUUUAUUUGGUUUUCAUUUUUCUCGGUAGUACUCUAGUGCGAAGUGAUGGGUUGAUUGUGGGUUCGGUUGUCAAAUGCGGUGUCAAAAAUUGCAGUGCUGAUCAGUACUGCUCGGAGUAUGGGUUGAUUUGUGAAUCUUGUGCCCCGAUUUGUGAUCCAAAUGGACACAAUUUCGAUAAAGUUAGAUGCGAGAAAAGCUGUCAAGUAUAUCUUCAUGAUCUUAGAUACGUCAACAAAAAUGGUGGUGGAUCUGGAAGUGAAGACCUUAAAAGUCAAGUUGACAAGCUAUCCCGUCUGGUAACAGUCAGUUUGACGUUGACAAUUUUGAUGCUCCUAGUUUUGGUGCUAUUUCUGUGUUUUCAGUUCUACAGAUGGAAGGAAAAGAAAAACAUCACGAUAGCUUCCUUAAGGCAGAAAUUUUUUGGAAAAAGAACUGAAGACAAUUCAAGAACAAACGCCGAUUCCGACACGACCGUCAGAAAAGGAGAAUUAAAGCUAGACAUGCCGUCCAAUAUGUCUCAUUCGGAACACAGUCCUGUAACAGUAACGACAUCUAUCAGUAGACGUCCAGCAGAAGAUAGCACUCUUGAUUACGCUUACGACAACCCUGCGUUAUCACCGUCACGGUAAAAAAGAAGAAUGUGGCAAAAAUUUGGCCAAGAAUAUUAAUUCUUUAAAAGAAACAAUGCUCAGGAAAUGUAGGUACUGCCAAACGUAAAGUUUCAGACGUAAUAAACUAGAAUGGGGUAGAAUCCUUGUAAAUAUGAUUGAGCUGAGGCUCUAUGGGUGCAAAUAUUUUAUUUUUUAACUUACUUUGAAAUAUUAAUAAUUACUGUUUUCUAAUUCACUAUAAAGAAUCCUGAUCCACCAGAUUAUGGAUCAAACAAAAAUAGUAAGAUACAGAAAAUGUUUAUUAUAAAAAAAAAUACUCCUGAAUGAGAUGAACAAUAAAAAUGACUGCGCCCAUGAGUUGCAUCUUGUCUUAUUAACUCAACGUGCACAUUAGCAUUCUGUCCCUCUCUAGUUCAUUGGUUAGACGUAAAGAAAAAGUCUUUGAAGUUUAAUAAAUAACAAUAUUUUUCACAGCUAACUAACAAAAUAAAUAAAAAAAUUGGUUGCUUUGUCAUUAAUUCUAUAUAUACAUUUUGCUAUCUACAAUGUCAAGGUAACCAAAAUGUAUGAUAAUUUUAGUUGAUAACAGUGUACUGAUUAUUGAACUAAUUAUUUAAAUCUUUAAAUUCAAUUAUUUAAAAUUUUGGGUUUAACCAUUUUCUUGAGCACGUACAAGUUAUAUUUUUGUUUGUUAUUUUUUAAAUUGUACUGAGUACCUUUCCAUUAAUUAGACGAAAAUCGUCAAUAAAUAAUAUACUUAGUUCGUACUAUAAAUUUUUAAAUAUUUUGUAUACAGAACGUCUUUUACUCAUACGGAUAAAAAUUAAUGAAAAUAUAUUAUUGAAAUGGUACCUCUGCAGUGUUUUUAAAUUCAUGCGACAAAAUUUAGGAGGUUAUUGCUCGUAUGAAAUUAAGAUGGGUCUUUCCUAUAACAAAAUUUCUUCAGCUCAUCCCUUUCCGAGAUAUCACCCUUAAAAGGUGGUGACUAAAAUUGAGUUUUUAUUUUUUUUCUAAAAUUUCAGUACAGCUAGAAACUUGAAAUUUUGUAAUUUUCGUGCACUUGCAAAGAACUAACCACGGGUAUUUUUUCAAUAUUUCUGUUACAUUAUAGGGGGGGAAAUUAGCAACCCUUACUUUAUUUCAUAUCAAAACUUUUUUUGAGAUGAAGUUUUAUAAAAUAAAAUUAUAACUUAAAAUCCUUGUUUUGUUUAAAAAAUUUUUUAUUCCUAAAUUUUUUUCCCAAAACCAAUAGCUACACAGAAAAAAAUAAACACCUAUUUUAUAAUUUUUUAUAAUUUUUUAAAUAAAUUGAGUGGAAAACAGUAAAGAUGUAAAAUGUAAUACGAUUCAUAAUAAAUGCUGGAAAUGAUCACCUCUAGCCAAAAUACAUUUUGGAAAAAAAAAAACAAAAACUCAAUUUUAGUCACCACCUUUUAAGGGUGAUAUCUCGGAAAGGGGUGAGCUGAAAAAAUUUUGUUAUAGGAAAGACCCAUCUUAAUUUUAUACGAGCAAUCAGCUCCUGAAUUUUGUCGCAUGAAUUUAGAAACACCCUGUAUAUGUAUAUUUUUUAAUUAUUAUUAGAAAACUAAAGAAAUGGUUUGAUAAAAACAAAAAACUUACAAUUACCUGAUUGGACAAUCUGUAUACAAAGUAGGUAGCUCAAAUUUUAAUUUCAGACGUAUGGUAUUUAUAAUUUAUUAGUGUUUACUAUAUCUACUUUUUAUUAACUACAUAUUUAAAGGUUUGUGUCUUAUUGAUAAGAGAUUAUUUAUUUUUUAAAUAUCGAUUUAAUAAUAAUAAAUAAUUACAUCUAUCAAGUAGCCUCCGAUUACUAUUAGUCUUGUUUCUACGGUAAAGUCAAGUUGUUAUUUUAUAAAGAAAUAUGCAUUUUAUACAAAAAAGUAUCAUUCAAAACUUGUUUAUCUUAAGAUUACCCGCACGUUGUCAAUUUUAAAAAUUUAUUUUUAUUUCACAAAUCGAGUAACUUUUUUAUUUACAACUUUUACAAGAAUAUUCUAUAUUAUGAACACUGUAGAUGAUAAUUUCAUACAGCUUUAUACGUAUCAUUUUGAAUAUUCAUAAAUACCAAUAGGCAUGUCACUCAAAUCUAUUUACAAUAAAGGCGAUGAAGUUGCUACAGCCUGCCAAUUUUCCAGUUCUCCUUCAGUAUCAUCAUCAAAUAUCAAGUACAAUUUGUAAACUCUUCGCUUGCCUCGUCGAUUGACAUAGAAACCGUUUUUAGCUUCAAAUCGUUUACUACUAAUAAAUUCAUCGUUCGCCAUUCCGUUUGAUUGUCAGAACGUAUCGGCGUUUGGUAUGCAGUAAUUGUUUAAUUCAUUGAAUUUUGUAAGCGGAUAGGGGAGGGUAGGCAACGUGAGACGUUUUUUGUUUAAGGUAGUAUGAGCAGGUAAUGGGUAAAUAAUAACUGUAAAUAAGGAUUCCAUGUUAUAAAGAGAUGGAUUAUCUAUAGGAUAUCAUAUAGUAACUUUAUUAAAUAAACACGAAAAUUGUAUUAUAAACAUUAAAAAAUUAUUGUAAAUCGUCUCACUGUAUACCACAAAGUCGGGUAUAGUAAGACACAUUUAAUAUAACGGUAAAAAAUUAAGUAAUAUUCGAAACUGUGAAUAAAAUGGUAACCAAUAAAGUAAUAUUUGAAAAUGGUAAUAAUUAACGAAUAUUAAUAUUAUCGAAAUUAACAGAGAAACAGAGAUAUCUGCUUAAUCAUUUCGUCUGCAUCCUAUUCGGUGCGGGCAAUAGCAUGAUAAUGUCAGACAAGUUUACCAUUGCAAUAUCUGGAACAUCUGGAAAAAACCCAUUUACUCUGUCUCGUUUUCGUAGAAAAGAGACGUUAUAAUCUUCUGCUGCAUCUUUAUUUGUAGAUAUUUGGGCCACAUAAUGCACUUGAUUGGGAAACCGAACAACAACAUAAUAAUUUAUAGCAGGUUCUCUGUCUAAUUGUUCAAUUUCUAAAAACGAUUCAGUCAUCUGAAUCAUUUAAAAGCAUCUAAAAACGAAUAUUUUGAAGAAAAAACAUCACAAACUCUUAAACAACUGUAUGUGCCUUACCUCAGAAUCUGAUACUUCGUUUGACGAUUCGGAGCUUUCCUUACUUUUGGUAUUUCUUCUUAGUUGCUUGUUGUUCAUUGAAAACAAGUCCUUGGUUACCUUUUGUUUUUUUCGUUCAAUUUCCUUUUGUUUUUUUAAUUCUCUUUGUAACGACAAUUCAGCAAUAAGUGUUUUUCCGGUGUAUCUGUCAUAAUGACACUUUUUCCUCGUUUACGACCUUGAACUGUUUGUUUUCUCGGUAAUGCUUUAGGAUACCCUCUGAAUGCUUUAGGAGAAACGAAAAUAUUUUCUUCUUGUGACAUAUUUGCAACAGUUUCUUUAGAUGUGGUAGAAACAUUAGUGGAAAUGGGUUCUUCGGAUAUUGAAGCUAUUUCUGGAACAUCUAAAUGUGCAAUACAUCUGCGUGAAAUGAAGGUGAUUGAGGACAAUCUGUAACGGAGGAAGUUAAAAAGCAUGAAAAAGUCUGUUAAGCGCUAAAAUACCCGACUUUUUAAACCCUGCAAUGAUGUUGUAUGGAGUAACUGUUUUUGGUAGUGCUUAACCGAAACAUUCAGCUGCUUGAUAAAUUGUUAGGGAAAUGCCAGGAUGGGCAAGAAGCCAGUUAUCGACAGCUUCAUUAUAAUACGCUUUUAGAGGUGCGUAAAUAGACACAUCUAACGGUUGGGUCUUAUGACUAUUGUGGGGAGGUAUAGACAGAAGUGUUACUCCAUUCUCCUUGGCUAUAUUUAACGCUAUCAUGCUUAUGUGCGAUUCAUGGUUAUCGCAUAUAACUAAGGUUGGAUUUUCUUUGCUGCUGCUGGUAUAUUUUAUACAGUGGUUUAAAACUUCAGGAAACAACUCCGUUGUCAUCCAACCAGAUGGACUAGCAAGUCCAAGUGUUCCUGCUGGAGCUCCUGUAAGCAUGUGUUGUUUAAAAUUGUUUCUUGGGAACACAAACACUGAAGGAAUAAACGUACCUACUCCUGAAAUAAAUACGACAGCAGUUAUUAGUUGCCCUCGUUCAGCACUAGUACAUUUAUUUAAUUGUUCAACUCCUUUCUUGGCGACAACUUUUUUAGGUUUCUAAACCGUUGUCAGUCCUGUUUCGUCAAAAUUAUAUAUACGAGAACCAUCCGAUAUCUGUGGUAGCCUUUCGUAGACCUUUUUCAAAUUAUCAAAUAACAUGUUAAUGUUGUGAUUAUUAAAUGAGGUUAGCCUCGAUAGACUGCACGCUUCAGGUUUUCUAAUGCUUAAGUUGCCGUUACGAUGUAAAAGUCCUCUUAGCCAGUCUUUACCUGCACUUUUAUACUUUUUCCAAGCAUCAGGUAUUUUUAACUUAUUUAUUAGCGCCAUUUCGUAUGCCAAUGUUCUCAACUCUUUUGUUGACAAACCAUAAGCCAUUGUACUACAUUCUUCGAGAUACUCAGCAAGGUCUUGUUUUUGUUGUGUAGUAAAAAUUUUACGAACUUCAUAAUGUGGUGUGGUUCUUUUGUUACCCUCUGGAUUUAUUUUUGCCUUCUUAACGUACCUAUGUAGCGUUUGAAAUGCAAUAUUUGUUUCUUUUGCUGCUUUUCAAAUAGACAUUUUUUGUUCAAUAACUAAAUUAAUAGCUGCAGCCAUUUGCUCUGUUGACGUUUUUCUAAUUUUUCGUUGCGUAUCUUUUGGCCUUCCCAUUUUCAGAGAAAACUGAAAAAAAAUUGAAAACUUGUGAGACGUCCUAUAACCCUAUGGUACACAGUGAGACAUCGUCUCACUGUGUACUACCUUGUAGUGUCUCAGUGUGUACAUUUGCAGGUAAAAACUAAAAUGGCUGCCAAAUAUUUAAACAUAAUAUAAAUUAACUUUAAACUAUAAAUACAUUUGGUUUGAAACAUUAGCUUUAAAGGUACUUACUCAAUAAAUUUUCAAAAGCAUUUUCUGACACACCAAAAGGUCUAUAAAGUCAACAAGUACGUAAAUUUCAAUGUAAAAAACUGCUAGUUGAUCACCUCACGAUAACGACUGAACAUCAACUAACAGGAGUAAGAGGAAGUGACUGCGUAUAUAAAAAUUAACUGACGGUGUUGUCAAACCUCAAAAAUCUCAAACUGUCUUAAGAAAAAAUGGAGGUGUCUCACUGUGUACGCCGUCUCACUGCAGCCUACCUUCCCCUACUGAUUGGGGUAAUAUCUGAGUGAUUCUACAGAAGCAGGCAAUACAGGGGAAAAUUUUGAAAAAUUACUUUACUGCAAAAUACAAUACUACCUGGAUCAAGAUCACGAAACUAAGAUUGCAUUUCUUUUAGCCAAAAUAAGAAUCCUAUUGAUAUAAAAAAAAAACACCAGAAUGGAUUUAAAAAAGUAUUAAUAAACAAAAUUGCAUUUUCCUUUGAAAACAAGGGCAAAAUUAAAAAUCUUGUAAACACAAAACUUGAAACCUACAUUUUUCAAAUAAUUACUCCUAUUUACCAUUGCUGAACCCAAUAAGCUUCUUAUCUGCAAAACAAUAUUUGUCCCUUCUUAGUUUCUUUGGCACUGGUAAAAUAUUUUUAAUAUCACCUCGAAUUACAAACUCUUUGUCUGCUGCUUCAGGCCAAUCGAAAACAAAAUUUUCUUUUUUGGAAGUAAAUAUUCUUCUUAUAAAAUCAACUAUUACGGUUUCAUCCGCAGAAAUACUUUGUAUUUUUCCAACCUAAUAGACUAAAAUUGAUAUUUUUUCGUCCAAAUUAGCACCUCUAAAACUACGUGUUGGCGACUUGUAGUGUAUAAUCACGUGACAUACAUUACUCGCAUCGCUAAUUACUGACAACUGAGUCAGCGGUCUCUUUCCUUCUACUAAAUAAUGAUAUACAAUGUUGCCAAAUGAAAUAGUUUGGCGUUAAAACAACAAGAUCCAUGGAAAUGAUGGUUCCUGGUGUGACAACACUUUAACUUCGAAUUUGAAAAUGAUCAAAAUAAUUUAAAUCAAUUACAUGCAAGAGUAUAGAUUAUUGAUUAACUUAGAGGAUAGUAUUGAAAGAACUACCCAUUCUUGUAUCUUUAACAGCAAAAUAAUAUCUUGUGUUUCAAAACGUUCGGUGUGACAGUCCACGGUAAUGAUUAUUGGAAUAGAUCUAUUUUUGAGUUUUUUUAAUUGUUCUUUAAAAUAUACUGGGAUACAGCUGCUAAUAACCCUUAAACAGAUACCCUGUAUUAUUCUAAUAAUUACCAAUUUAUAAUACUACCCAGAUCUGCUUCCAAGAAUGUUCAGUUGUUAAAUUAUUCAAAUUCUCUAUUCUCUAUAAAAAAAUACUUUUAUCGCGAAUUUGCAAUAUAUUAGUUCAUUAAAUUAAUGUAAAUUAUGCAAUUUUUUUCGAAAUCCAAUAGACACCAACCUUUUUUUUAACUCAUUGUGUUACACUGAAAUUAUAUCGAAUAGAAAGAUUAAUAUUAAAAUAAACAUUGUAAAGUUAGUUUGUAAAACUGGCCACACGGCAAAUUGUACUUAAUUAUGUAGGUAUUUAGAUAAUAGUUUAUUAGUUUGUUCAUGCAAAGUUAUUCUUUUACUAUUUAUACGAGGAGUCCAGAAAAUAAGGGGACAGAGCUCAAUGAUAGCUCAUUAGGAUCAAAUCUGGGAAUUAAACCAAAUAUACUUAAUUACAAAAGGCUAAGAAUGUAUGGUGUUCUAAAGAAAACGAAAGUAUUAGUAGAAUUUAUCAAACAUUGGUACAUAUUUGUUACCCCAGAAGUGACCUAACAUUGUGAAUGUAGGUACUCAUAUGGAAAUUUCCUUCUGGAAUAUAUAUUUCAAACCAAACAAUUUCAACAUAUUAAGGAUCGGUCUUUUCACCUCUGAAUAAAGUUUACAUAUAGGUUUAUUUGACAGAAUAAUAAACAAUUAGGCAUUCCAACGACCUGUCCAAAUGGCUACCAGUGGGGACUGACAGUUUAGAUAUGGCAACCCUGUUGUCAUUAACAGGGUCAAUGAUACAUAUAUAGUUAUAUAGAUUGCUCAAAGCUGGUCGUUUGCGAGCGACCAUAUUGCCUGGCAAAUAUUUAUUAAUUUGAAUUGGUUUAGCAAAAAUGUGUUUUAAAAGCCAUUUUCAGCCUUUAGAUAUUUAAAAAAUAAUAAUUGCUAACGUUUUUACUUUAAGGCAUAAGCUUAUGUAUAUUUUGAAAAAUAUGGAUGACUAAUCUAUGUAACUAUCUAUUUCAUUGACCUUGUCAAAUCACCAGGCCUACAGGGUUGCCAUAAUUUUGCCAUAUCAUAACCUGUUAAAACCCACUGAUAGCUAUUCAGUUUGGAAUGCCUAAUAGCCCUAUAGUUUAAUUAGCAAGUGGUUAAAAUGACUUCUGCGCUAUGCUCUGGCUUCUCUUCCUUUCUACCACUACCUGUUUUUCCUGUUUCUCAUCCACUCUACCCUGCUACUCUCCUACCUGCUAUCUGCUACUUUUCCUCUCUACUUACAUGUUUAUAUCUGUUGAUGAUCCCUUUUUUUUCUUUACCUUUUUAUAUAACUCUAUUUAUUUCAUAACAAAUAGAAAUCUAACAAAUUCCUUUAAAUAAUAUAUCUUAACCUUUUCAAACCCUUUGACUUUCCCUUCGUUUAUUUGACAAUCUUCCUUUCAAAAAACCUCGACCAGGCCUCGACAUAAAACAAAGUUGUUUCUAUCACAAUUUUUAAACUGACCCGAUAUUGCUGCUAAAUUUUGACAACAAAAUUUUUCUUUUAUGUAUUCAUUUACCUUCUAGAAAUUUCCAAAACAGUUUAUGUAUUACUGCAUAUUCUAGAGGUCGUUGUCAGCAGAUAUCGUUAUUUUUUUCUCAUAAUUCAAAUUUGUGAUAAAGAUUUUUUACUUAAAAAGAGUUUACUUUUUUCAAGACAUUACACUAUCUUAAAGUGCAUCAAGUAGUAACUUUUGUAAGUACAUUUGGUUUAAUAAGCAUCAAUAACGUGAACUGUCAAUAACAAUCUGUCCCCUUCGACAUCAAAUGAGCCGACUUAAGCUCUAUUGUUUUAUUAUUACUUGUACUUGAAUAAUUUUUAUUUAUAAAUAUGUAAUCUUACUAAAUAGCAAUAAUAAUACAGUGCUUGCAAGAUGAAGCCUUCUGUCCUGCUUUGCUUGUGUUAGAAUAAACAGUGUAAGAAAUGAUACAGUAUCAAGCUUGCCGGUCACAGGUCGAAUUAGGGAUGAAUCACGCUAUCUAUCUGUAACCCCAGAGUAACCGACAACAUUUAUACCUUUCCGCUUCUGCGCAUGCGAACGUCAGUUACUAUUAACGCCAACAUAAUCAAAGCAGAUUCAAAGGUUUUAAUUGCCCCAGCACUGUAAAAGUAGAUAUUUAUUUUUUUAUGUGCAAUAAUUAUACAGUGAGCGGCUAGAUUAUAAAACCAACUCAAUUUUUUAAAAAUCCUGAAAGAGUUCGAUUGUUGUUUUUAAACGAAAAUAGCUGUCAUGGGAUUUCAACUUACAUUUUUUGUAAUAUAAUUGUAAUUUUUACGUUGUUUUUGUUACCUUUUUAUAAAAUCUAAGAACCAAUUAGUUAUUUGCUCUUAUAAAACCUCUAUAGCACCUAAAUAGAGAAUCUUAUAAAGGUUAUUGACCAAUUAUUAGUACCAAAUAAAACUUCUACUCCCAAGCUGUUUUGUAGCUGAAAGGAUAUUACCUUUAUAAAUUUAAUACAGGUUUUAUAACGGCAACAAAACGUUUUCGUUACUAUUAAAAAAUCCAAACAUUGUUUAUAAACUCUAUUAUAAAACAUCAAGAAAAAUUGAGCUUUGCUUACAUUACUUUCUACUUUGAGUAGAUUUGUAACUUAAAUUAUAUUUACUAUUUAAAGUUGUCAGCAUUGUCAAUUGCCACUCAUCAGCCAUAGAAAAUUACAUUUUUGGUAUUACAUUGUGCCACGAAAAAUGUAUGGUAUAUUUUUAAAUGCUACCUAUUAAAGUGCCUUCAUUUGAGGCAUUUUAAAACAAAUGUUUAUUAAAAAUCUGAUAAUUAUAAUUUUAUUUUUUUUUUUUCGAUUAAUGUUGUUUAUACUUUUAUUUAUUUCGAACAAAAAACAUCAAAAUGGCUGUCAAUAAAGACCCACUAAAAUCGUCAUCUUGGUCUUUUGAAAACUUAUAAUGUUAAGUGGUCGUGAAAGUAAUUUUAAAAAACUUUUAUAAUACUUAUAUAGUUUUUCUGAUACACAUAGUUUUAUAGGAUACGUAUUUAUAAAAACUGUAAGUAACCAAUAAAUAUAACGAUCUAACUUUUAAUUGAUAUUAGAAAACAAUCAAAGCACAUAACCUAUAAGUUUUAUAAUAUACCUUAGUUGCUUCAAUAUUAAGCUAUAAAACUCCUAGAGUAAAAGUUUUAAAAUGAGGUUUUCAAGAAUACUAUAAAACCUUCUUAUAAAACAAAGUAAUCAACACUAACGGAUUUAUACAUAAAGUAACCAAACUGUUUUCAUACAUACCUUACAUAACUUGUUACACCCAUAGUUUUGUUAUAAAACUAGAAAAAUCGCAAUAAAACUUAAAUUUCUUUACAAAACCAUUAUAAAUAUCAGUUAGCUUUUAAUAGCAUCUUAAGUGUCGCAAAAUGUUAGUUUAGAUACCACAUUUGAGAGGUAUUUUGAUUUUAAAGCGAUUUAUUUAAUAUGAAAUUAAUUCAAUACAAAACUUUUUUAAAUGAAGGUGCAUUCUUUAUUUGAAUAUUUUAUUGCAGUUUGGUUAUAGUUAAAAAGGAACUAAAUUUUUCUCCGUACUGUAUGCAAAUAAAUUCCAUAAACAUUUAUAUUGCUAAAUAAAGGAUGAAAAUAACUUUCAAAUGAGGUAACACAUUUCAGCUGCUUCUGUUUAAAAAAUUCAAUGUAGAAGGAAACGCAGGCAAUUAAACCUGUUUGAGGAUUUUCAAAAAUUUUAGUUGUUUUCACAAUUUAGCCUCUCACAAUACACAAACUUUUAACUUAUAUCCUUCCUGUAUAAGUGAUUGAAAUAAGGAAAAAAUGGUUUUAAGUUUGUGUUUAUGGAUUUAGGUAAUGGUGCUAUAAUACAUCUGAAACCGUAUUUAUCUAAAAUAUUAUGUUGUAUAGACUGAACAUGAAUUUUAAUAAAUUUUGACUCGAAUUGUCAUUAAAAUAAUAAAAAUAGAGUGAAAGCACCAUAAUAUUUUAUUACAUUUUAGUAGGCUUUUAAAUUUAUAAUUUAAUAGCAUAUUAUUGUUAUUUUAGGUUAUAUUAAUUUAGGAAUUGUUUCCUAAAAGCCCUAUUGGCAGCUAACAAAGUACUUAACACUCGAAUAUAGAGUUAUUCCAUACAUUACAUUCCAUUAUAAUAUAAGCUAUAUGUACUUAAUUUUAUAAUAUAUUUUUAAUUAUUUUUUAUUUGUCAUAAUAUUUAAUUAUUAGUUUUUUUAAUGUGAUAAAUU